AUGACUAGUAAUUCAGACUUCUUCCCUGUUUGCCUUCGCCGUGCCAACAACACCGCCAUCUGCCCAUUUGCCUCCCAUCUCAUUUUUUUGUACAAAACUCUCAGUCAGCUCUCGCCCAUCCCUUUUGUUGAACAAGGUGAACUUUCGUCCCGGCUUGGUCCAGACGGCCACCGGGAAUGGGAUUCUGAUUGGCCCAAGCAUCGUCCAUUCACUUUCCGUUUCUUACAGAACAGAAGCGUCUCACUUCCCCCCUCCUCCUCCUCGGCACCGUUCCCGAAGGCGGCCGCCGAAGCCUCAUCACUUGCGUCUAUCGAGGCUGCCGCUGAUCAUCAUGCGGUCCUGCCCUUCUCUCACUCUCAUUACCCCGACUCUUGUUCCUGGGCAAGCAUGAUUUUCUUGGCCGUCCUCACCCCCAAUGCUGUGCCAUACAGGAAGGGACAAAGAAUACCUGCAUACUAUCGCAGCAUCGCUCAUAGAAUGCCCGUCAACGUCCCACUGCAAAGUGCGACCUUGCAAAUUCCCACAUCCUCCAUCAGUCCACCUCCACGUGGCAGGCUGCACAAGCCUUCGACGCCGUGGUCGCUUUCCUCCCUCCCUUACACUGAUGAUCGUCGCCUGUUGCGAGAAGUCUCUUCCGCGCGCUUGAACCCUGGACUCGCCUCUUCGGUCUUUUUCUUCCUGAAUAUCUGCAACUCCGAGCCUUUUGUUCGUCCUCAUCCAUCCUCGUCCGCCCUCGUCCCUUCUUUGUGCGCGGGCAUGCUCUUCCCGCUCCUGUGUGCUUUUCUCUCCCCGUGUCUCUUUGUCGCCACAACAUCAGACUCGUUUCCCGUACACACAUCAUCCUACCCGCCCACACGUGUGCCUAGAUUCCCCUCUCAAUCUCGACUUGAUAGUCCGAUCAUCAUCCAAUUCUUGUCUAAUGUUCACGAUCCCCUCAUGCUCAGUUCGGGUUACUCGAGCAACUUUUCUGGCUUUUUUCCAUCGGAUUCCCAGACUGGAUACAUCAAGUGCCCAUCAUAUCUAAGAGAGCUACAACGAUCUCCUCAUCCCAUCACGGCGAGGUAUUCAAUAGCCGACAUACUCCUUCGUUCCCAAGAGACUAUCACGACCCCUACCUGCGCGCCAGCUAUUACCGUCUCCAUGCAAAAUCACGAUCACGUCUCCAGAGCGGGAGACCACCACGCCUCCACCAGAUCCAGAGACAAAGAAGUUCUCCAAUUCCAUUCGGGAGAUCUCAUGUCGACCCUGGAUGUCAUCCGCUCCAUAAAGAAUCUCGAUUCCAUCAACACGCCGCACAUCGUGAUCACACCCCAAAGCCAGAAGAUCGCACCCUCGAGCCAUGAUCUCGGGAACCAUGUGCAAGAUGUGGGUGAACGUUAUGAUACCUCACAGGGAAAAGUAGACUUCGUUGAUUCCAGCCCGUCGACCGCGCGUCGUAUCUUUCCAGGCCUUGGUCGUGGAUACUAUGGACAUUCAAUCGAGCUGGACUCGCCGCCCUUAGAUACUAGGGACACCAUAAGGAUGCUUCCGUAUCUCGCAGCUGAAAAUGUGUGCUUGCACUUCAAUCAUACUCAGUCAACGUGGGACUAG